CCUUAAUUUCCCCAAAUGAGCUUAGCCGGUGAAUUGAACCAAUAGUACUGCGGUAGAAUAUCUCGGGUGUUGUAUUGUGGGUAUCACAAAAUUGGGUUCUAUGGAAGAUCCCGUUUACAAAAAAAUUCCGUUUUGAGCUUCCAUUGUGUACAGGAGGAAAUCUAAGAAAAAAGAAAGGAAAAAAAAUCAUGGAGGUAGUAAGUAAUAAUAGCAACAGUAAUGGAACCCCUGCAACUCCAAGUCCAAGCAAAUCAGCGGCUGUGGCAACAAAGGUUGGAUCAGCAGAGGCAGAAGAAGUGAGAAAGCCCUCUCCUCAAACAACAAACCCUCCUUUGACGCCCACUAUACUGACACCAAGCCCUUCUACCGCUCACACCACGCCGCGCACUAAUUCAGUGGAGGCACCAAAGAGUUUGAGAGGCCUCAAUAAGCCCAAAUGCUCUGAAUGUGGCAAUGUCGCUCGCUCCAGGUGUCCAUUUCAAGCCUGUAAGAGUUGCUGUGUGAAAGCAAGAAAUCCAUGUCAUAUACAUGUUCUAAAGCAAAUUGUAGGCCAUUCAGAAAAGUUACCUUCUCAAAGUUCAACUCUAUUUGAUCAGCAGCGAAUGACCACCUCUUCAAAUAUGUUUCCACAUGCAGUCUCAUCAAGGCCAUACCAUCCUCCAUCUUUGCAUCAUAGUCAUCCCUACAUGCCAGGAUCACAAUCUCAAAUCAGAGUGAAAAGACCAUUAUCGAGAAAGGAAAUUGUAGCAAUAAAUAGCUGGAGGUUCGUAAAAUUGAAAGAACACUUCGAUUCUAAGAUUGAAGCUGAAGAUGAAGCAUUUGAACGGUAUAUGCAGAAUGUAUCAUUGCUUGAGGAUGUUAUUUCCUUGAGUACAACACCAUUACAAGGACUUUCUGUAGAUGGGCAUGUUAUCUCUGAAGGCAUAUUAGCAGAACAGGCUGAUAGUCUAGCUGAAAAUAAUAUUGAUGAUAUGCUUGUGGAAGGUUUGAAAGUUCGGUUAAAAUCUAAUCCUCAAAGAUCAGAGAAGCACAAAGAAAGGUUGAGAAAGCUAAUUGAUAAGGGCUUGCAAAAGCUGAAAGGAGGUGAACAUGAAGAUAGAAUUCUAUUAGAGGAUGAAAAUUCUGCAGUGUACACGGGUGAUCAUACAGAAGUGAACAGACCAAACACAAUGGGAAAGGCCUGCCUCAAAAAAAUAUCUUUGGUUAAUGCACUUAAUGAUAAGUUGAGUAAAGCUCGGAGUCAGGAGGAUUUGAAUGGCUGUAUUGAAAUAUAUGGGCAGGUGUUUGGGAAGAAUAUGUCUUGGCCUGAAGCUGUUGGCAGUAAACAAUCUGUAGAAUUUCACAGGUCACAAAUUCAAGGAGAAACACCUGAUGCAGAUCCCACCAAGCAAGAACCAAUGCCAAUGGAAAUGGACAAGGAAGAGAGCAGAUUAGAAAAUGUUGGUUUGUUUGAGCAGAAAGAAAUGCAAUUCAUGUCAAAUCCAGAGCUAUACCUGAAAGGCUGGUCAGAGGUUCCCAUGUCUCAAGAGAGAUUUCAAAAGAACUAUGAAGAUCUUCUAAUCAUGAAGGAUAUAGUAGAACUUUAGUGUCAGUUUGUAAUAUUAUGGUUUUACAGGGUACGAAGUUAACUCCUGGCCAAAUGAGUUUAGGGAUGACCCAUGGGCCAGAUGUUACUCAUGAGACUGUUAUUGCAAAUCACUAGCAUGGCAUAUAAAGUAUGGAAAUUUGAUGUAUGUUCUGGAGCAUCAGAGAAGAGCCACUUGGAGGUCUCCAAGAAAAGAAUCUGCUAGUUGCCCUUGUAUUUGGAGUUAGGAGCCUUUUUAUUCUCCGAGCUCUAAUACAUGCAAAUAAAUUAAGAGCAAAAGCUUGGGUAAGGGUGGUUGAAUUAACUGUCCUGUAGACAUCCUGGAUGAAUGGGCAUUGUAUUUUGCUGGAGUAGUGUUAACAAGCUAACCAUAUUUUUUUGGAAAACUUGAGGUCCGGAUUCACUCUUUUAACCAGAUCGCAUGGUGUUUAUCUGUACACAAAGCCAAGCUCCUGAUGUAGAAUUUUUCCAUAACCCACAAGAACAGAGCAGUUAGUUUGAUACUUGAUCUGUAUGCUGUAUCAUUUGACAUUUUAUUACAAGAUGUAUGUUGCCUCUUUAGCUAAUUGUCAAAAUGGUAACUUCCCGUAAAGAUACAAAUUUUGUUGAAAUGGUAACUUACUCCAAAGAUGAAUUUCUUGGUAUUUA